CUAAGAUCUGAAGGGUGGAAAAUGUAAUUUAAGGUAGCGGUCUCAUAUAGUGAGGUACGGAGGAACGCAAACCGAAUAUCGAAUGCUUUCUACACCAGAACGAUCUGGUGCGUUGAGUUCAGAUCGCUUCAUCGUCAGAUUCGAAGAUUGGAAUUUGGACACAUCAGUGUUCGAGUUAGCAUAGACUCACGGAAAAAGGGUUGAAGGAAAUGGGGUUUGUAAGAAAGCCGUUGAUCUGCUGGGUUUUCGUUUCCAUGGUUGUCUUUGCUGCUCAGCUUAGCAAUGGUUUCUAUCUGCCUGGAAGUUACAUGCACACAUAUGUAAAUGGAGAUAAAAUAUACGCCAAAGUGAAUUCGCUGACCUCGAUUGAAACUGAGCUUCCAUUCAGCUACUACAGCCUUCCAUACUGCAAGCCGCUUGGCGGCAUAAAGAAGAGUGCUGAGAAUCUCGGAGAGCUCCUUAUGGGGGAUCAGAUUGAUAACUCGCCCUACCGGUUCCAAAUGAAUGUUAAUGAGACAAUCUACCUCUGUACAACAACCCCUCUGAAUGAGCAUGAGGUUAAGCUACUUAAACAGAGAACUCGGGAUCUGUACCAAGUGAAUAUGAUCCUUGAUAACCUCCCGGUUAUGCGGUUUGCUGUUCAAAAUGGGGUUAAGAUCCAGUGGACAGGGUUCCCCGUUGGGUAUACACCCCCUGGUAGCAAUGAUGACUACAUCAUCAACCACCUGAAGUUUACAAUUUUGGUUCAUGAAUAUGAAGGAAGCAAUGCUGAGAUUAUAGGGACCGGAGAGGAAGGAUUGGGGGUUAUUUCCGAAUCUGAGAAGAAGAAAGCAUCUGGAUAUGAAAUAGUUGGCUUUCAGGUUUCCCCUUGCAGUAUUAAGUAUGAUCCUGAUGUCAUGACAAAACUCCACAUGUAUGAUAAUACCAAUCCUAUAACCUGCCCAAGUGAGCUUGAAAAGUAUCAAGUAAUAAGAGAGCAAGAAAGGAUAUCAUUCACAUAUGAGGUUGAAUUCGUGAAAAGUGAUAUAAGAUGGCCGUCCCGUUGGGAUGCUUACUUGAAGAUGGAAGGUUCCAGAGUUCAUUGGUUUUCAAUCAUGAAUUCGCUUAUGGUUAUCUUUUUCCUUGCUGGUAUUGUCUUUGUUAUUUUCUUGAGGACUGUGCGAAGGGACUUGACAAGGUAUGAGGAACUUGAUAAAGAGGCACAAGCUCAGAUGAAUGAGGAGCUCUCAGGAUGGAAACUUGUUGUGGGAGAUGUUUUCAGGGAGCCUAAUUGCUCAAAGCUUCUGUGUGUCAUGGUUGGAGAUGGAGUUCAAAUUCUUGGAAUGGGUGGUGUGACCAUUGUUUUUGCAGCCCUUGGUUUUAUGUCACCAGCCUCCCGCGGUAUGUUACUAACAGGAAUGAUUGUUUUAUUUCUUAUCCUUGGGAUUGCUGCCGGGUAUGUUAGUGUUCGGCUCUGGAGGACCAUUAAGGGAACCUCGGAAGGAUGGAGAUCUGUUUCCUGGUCUGCAGCUUGUUUCUUUCCCGGAAUUGCUUUCAUCAUUCUUACAGUACUGAAUUUUAUUUUGUGGGGGAGCAGCAGUACUGGUGCGAUUCCCAUUUCGUUGUAUUUUGAGCUGUUCUUUCUUUGGUUCUGUAUUUCAGUACCACUUACCAUGAUUGGAGGAUUUAUGGGGACAAGAGCAGAGGCAAUCGAAUAUCCUGUGCGUACUAAUCAAAUUCCAAGGGAAAUUCCCGCCCGUAAAUAUCCAUCAUGGCUUCUGGUUCUUGGUGCCGGAACUCUUCCAUUUGGAACCCUCUUUAUUGAGCUUUUCUUUAUCCUUUCCAGUAUCUGGCUUGGGAGGUUCUAUUAUGUAUUUGGUUUCCUGCUGGUUGUUCUUCUACUGCUGGUUAUCGUGUGUGCAGAAGUAUCGGUUGUCCUCACCUAUAUGCACCUGUGUGUGGAAGAUUGGCAGUGGUGGUGGAAGGCAUUCUUUGCUUCGGGUUCUGUUUCACUAUAUGUCUUCUUGUACUCAAUUAACUACUUGGUUUUUGACCUGCAGAGUUUGAGCGGACCAGUCUCAGCUACACUUUACCUUGGCUAUUCACUACUCAUGGCGGUGGCGAUUAUGUUGGCCACCGGGACCAUUGGCUUCCUUAUGUCAUUCUACUUUGUGCAUUACUUGUUCUCGUCCGUAAAGAUAGAUUGAGGUUAUUUCCGCAAUCUCCAUCUACCACGCGAAAGAUCAGUCGUUAUACUGUUGAGUUCAUUUUGUAGGGAUGAUUGCAGAUGAGUUGGGGGGCAAUAUAUGCUUACUUGAUUGCAUUCUUACAUAAUAUAUUCUAAUAUCUGAAGUUUGCUCCCUUAUACCGGUGUCCUUAAGUGAUUUUGUUCAUUCAUGUAUUCAUCGAGUGUUGGAACUUGGAACACAUUAUGUUUCAUGUACUUCGGUUAAGCCGAUUCAGGAAUUUGUAACUGCUGAGAGCCUGAGACUAUCAUCCCGCGACAAUACUGAAGAUAGUUUAUGAGAUGGAUCCUGUGCCAGAUUUCAUUGUGAUUUUCUGUUCACUCUGCCUUCGGCUGUUUAAUAUUAUUUUCUUUUGAUUCA